AUGGAUCCGUCGACGUUCGCGCGCGCCGUGGACGCGUUCGCGCUCGAUGGCGCGCGCACGGACGCGUCGGUGAUCAUCGAUCGGUGUCGACACGGCGACGAGGGCGAGCUGAGCCUGUUGGCGGUGGAGAUGGGGAGCGCCCGGGCGUUGGGGGCGUGCCUCGACCGCGCGUGCGCGGUGGACGACCGAAGCGUCGUCGCCGCGGCGCGGUACGGGCACGGGGCGAUAUUGGACCGAUUGUUACGGUGCGAUCGAUUGCGAGAUGGGGGUGGGGGACGGCGGGCGGCGAUCGCGGCGGCGGCGGUUGGACGGACGACGACGUUGGCGAAUCAUUUGCGCGAGUACGUCGACGCCUCGUGCGCGUACGCGGCGGCGAAGGGGGGGCACUUGCGAUGCGUGAAAUUUUUGUGUGAGAAUUGUGGGGUGGCGGUGCCGAUCACGAGCGCGUACGCGGCGGCUGCGGGUGGACACGCGCACGUCAUGCGCUACGCGUUGCAAAACGCCGAGGGCGACGGCGUGCGCGCGGAUGAUCUCAAAAUUUGCGCCGAGCGCGCGUGCGAGGGUGGACACUGGCGCGUGCUCGAAGUGCUUCGUCGUUACGCCAUUUUUCGCUGGUCAGAGACGUAUUACGUCCACGCCGCGCGCUUCGGGCAACUAUUCAUGUUUGAGUGGCUUGAGAAAAACUCUCCGAGGCCGUUCACCGCGCGCGCGCUUCGCCGGUUCCGCGCCGUCGGUUACGAUUCAAACGUCGCGGACGACGUCGCGGGUAUGAUGACCGAUCACAUCAACGACUUAGAGCGCAAAUUCGUUGACGCAUCGACCGGUGCAUCGACCGGUUCGUGGGUGACGACGAUGAUGGAGGAGAACGACUCGAGAAGAUAUCUCGUCUUCGCGUGCGCCGUCGGCGUCCUCUUCGUCGGCGUCUUACGCGCCGUGAGGCACGAUUGA